AUGGCUACAAUGAGCACUGAAAGACCCGGUUUCUGGCGACCACCGCAAGGAUAUCGGUCGAGACCGAGACCCCAGUCGUGUAUAUGGCAACCAACGGCUCCCUCACCCACUCAGGUGUGGGCGCCAUCGCCUACUUAUUCAUACGAUACCAACUCAUUGCCUAGAAGUCCACAGGUACAGUCAGGCAGUCCUGCAUCAGACGCCGGUCUCCGACCGGGUGAUAUCCUGUUGAAUGUGGGCAACCAUUCGACAACAUCGCCGCCUAUGACCCACUCGCAGGCCAGGGAUAUAAUCAAUACGACGGCCAAUACACUGAACGUUCAGGUGCAGCGCCCACAGCAAACCGGAAGGAGUUCUGCUACGCCACUCUCGCCCUCGAGAUCUCUGUCUCCUCACUAUAUCUCUGAGCCGUCAUCCAGUCAUACGCCUUAUAGACCAGUGCCCACCCAGAGAGGCGUUAUUCCCAACAUUCAUCUCGAUUACGACUCAUCCAUACGAAAACCCGAAUCAAAUACUCAGGAGUAUCUGAAAGAGAAGGCUAGAGAACAGUGGGCUAUCAAUAAACAGACGUACCGCACACUGCCAUUGAUUGAGCCCAAGCCAAAAGUACGUCGUGAUUGGCCCACCGGCUCGUAUAUGCGCCACAUGGAGGGGCCCUCCUGGCACGACGUCCCCAAAACUAUUAUUAAUCCUAAUCCGCCUAAAUUGCAAGAAGUCAUGAACAGGUAUGGACAGGGGGUGCAGCAAAAUAACCCUGGUGUCGUACAUCUGCAGUAUAAUUCACCGCUCAAUGUGUACAGCAAUGAUAACGUGGCCAAUGUCUUAAUGCCUCGACCGCAAACGCCACGACCGGUCGUGUCAGCGCCGAUGGUUCAGCCCAUAGCCGCGCACAGGAGUCAACACCAGAUACCGCUAAACGUUGACAUAACUCAGUCGCCGACCUAUCAGUUGCUGCACGAGGACGACGACACCCGUCCGGCGGGACAGUCGCCCAAACACUCGCACUCACCCAUUGGACUCCAUUCGCCCGCAUAUCCCACUCAAACGCCUUACUUUAGAUCCCUUAUGAACUCACUAUUGCCUAAUCCCGGAGUCUGAAUACUAUGCGAAAACAUGUGUCUAAAACAAUUAUAUUUAAAAAACAAUAUAAUUAUAUUAAGUGUAUUUUGAUUCAAUUUUAUGAUUAUUAUGUUACUCAAAAACA